CCUCUCUCUCUCUCGCGUGGCAGCUCCUUUAAUCUUUGAUGCGCGAUAAACACGGCAAAGUGGAAUCCAGGAGUCCGACCACUUAUAUAUUUCGCCUAUGAGGAGAAUGAGUUCUGAUCUGUAGAGCUCGGGACAUGUACCCAACGCUGUCGGCGAGCCGAGGAGGGAGAGAUCAGGCGGCGAUGUCGAACGGUUUGCCUGCAUACUUUGUGUCCUCGUUUUACCCUCACAUGGAGAUGGAGAUGGAGAUGGAGAUGAGCGGUGACGCCAUCGACGCCACGCCCAUGGAUCGAGCACUGGCCGCGUCCAGGAACCACAGGGAGGCCGAGAGGCGACGAAGGGAGAGGAUCAAGUCCCACCUCGACCGUCUCCGAUCUAUUCUUGCCUGUGACCCCAAGACAGAUAAAGCAUCACUGUUGGCGAAGGUCGUCGAGCGCAUGAAAGAUCUGAAGCAACGAACGGAAGAGAUCGCCGACACGCAGUUCUUCCCCACCGAAACCGACGAGAUCGUUGUGCUCCCGUCCUCCGCCCCCAUCAGCGGCCAGAGAUCGACGUUCGAGGCUUCCUUGUGCUGCGAGGACAGGUCGGAUCUCCUGCCGGAGCUGAUCGAGACCCUGCGGUCGCUCCAUCUCAAGACUCUGCGGGCUGAGAUCGCGACGCUGGGCGGGAGGGUGCGCAACGUCCUCAUCCUCGCCAAGGACGAAGAGGCGUACGAGGACGCAGACGACGACGACGAUGACGACGACGACGACGACGGCGACUCCGGCGGCGCCUUCCUGAGGGACGCUCUCAAGGCUCUCGUGGACCGGUCGCUCCCCGCCGAGCGUUGCAAAAGGCGGCGGCUCGUCGACCGGAAUCCGUCCUAAGGGUUCCCCAGCCGUCUCUCCUUGUGGUCGGUAUGCAGCUUCCGCUUUCUUCGUGGUGGCUUAAGGCUUGGUGUGAAUGCUUAGGGUUGCAUGCAAUAUUGUAAGAAGAAAUGAAUUAACUUGUUACUACAAUAACAGCGUGGAGAUGAAGCGUGCAGCAAUCGUUAAUUGUAUAACCAUGGGGAAUGGAAGAUGGAAGAUAGUAUAUAGUUUAUGCACUUCUCUAGCAGUGUGAAAUGGUCAUAGUCUUGAUGUUAGUACUCCUAUUCUACCAUAACACUUGCGCAAAUGACCAUUAGGUUUACAACAUGCAUGUAAUGUUGUAGCUUCUCACUUUCUGAACUCUGAUCUAAAGCUCUUAUUUGGUGUUUG